CCAUGCAGCACGGUACACACCAAUACAAGUAUUGCAAUUGCUAGCUCUAGCUUUGCUUCUAGACUUAAUUAAUUGUUAGCUACACGUGCUAGGAUUCUGUUUCUGAUAGUUCUACUCCACCACACCACUGCCCUAGACGAACCCUAUAGGGCUAAAUUACAUCAUGGAUUCCCUAUACAUUACAUGUACUCAUGACGGGCUUUUCCUAAUUACGAAAAGGACUACUACAUCGCACAUCGCAGUCCUCAAUGAUUUGGGACCAGCAUGAGUCAGGGACACUUGAAACAACCUAUAUAUUGUAUCAAUACAGAGCAAGUCUCAUAACUCGACUACUCGAAUACUGAUCGGUUCUGUACACGUGAUGGUCAAGGUGCUUUCAACGGUUCUUGUAAUUGUUGCGGUCAUUUUUUCCUCAGCUUACAGCAAACGGAAAGGACACUGUCGCUUACCUAAAGGCAAGAAUGUACAACCCAAAGUUCCAGAAGGUGCAAAACAGACCUGCAUCAAGAAUUGGUGCCCUUUUGAAACUCCUCUCAACAUAAGCUGCAGGGACAGCACUAGAUGGAAGCUGUAUGGACCUACUUAUGUUGUUUGUCAAGCAAGUGAAUCGGGUAAGACGCGAGGGCAAGAGGACAAACAAUUAGCAAAAUGCUUAGACAAGACUGCACAACAACCAAAGUUUCCAACAGUAUUGCUUGUUCCCGAUGAUACUGAUGGUCCAGCUGACAGGAUAAAAUUGAAUGGCACAAUUGGCUCGAAAUUAAAAACACAGAAUGUUCGAUGUGAACUCAAGUGGCCUAAUGAUGACCCUAAUGAUGACCCUAAUGAUGACCCUAAUGAUGACGCAGUUUCUAAUUGGCAAUUCUCACCAAUUGCGUGGUAUGACCCUAAUGGCAACAAAGUUUCUAUGACUACGACAUCGUUGGGUGCAUGGAGUGAAUAUGCCAAUGCCAAGAAAACUCAGAUUGAUUUAAACCUGGAAAAAUUUGCAGAAGUUGGAAAUUUUACAUAUGUGUGCAAACUACCAAAUUGGUCCCCUGAAGUUCAAGCAAAGGUUGACAUAGAGAUUACCAAAGUGCUCUGUCCUUCAACUCCAUUUGAUGAGCUACCCUGCAACACCCAUAUUUUCGGAGGAAUCGCUGAAGCUAAUUUGACUGUCAACGCUGUUGCUCACAUUUUGCCCAAUCAAGGAUAUACUGAACCAAAUGGCAAGACUCUUGAAUCAACUUGUACACGUGAGGGUAAAUGGGAGCCACCCAUAAGCCAUUUGACAGUUAAACCUGUUCACUGUCUUCCACUGAAACUUCCAAUAGAUAUGAACAAAAGCUUAAUGGAUGGCUCACAAUAUGAUCUCUACCUAACAAUAUACAAAUUGUCGUGCCCUGAAACACACAAACUUAUUGGUGAGAGCCUUAUCUACUGCAACAGGUCAGGCCAUUGGAAUCAAGAACUACCAACAUGCAAAAGAAUAUCUUGUGGUGCACUGCCAAAUAUAACUGGUGUUAUUUGUAACUGCUUAAACAACUCUGUAGGAGCUGUCUGUCCCUGUCGUUGUGCAGAAGAGGACCAAGUGUUUACAAAAGACUCUCCACGAAACUUGCAAUGUUUAUCAACUGGAUGGUCACCAUUUGAAAAUGACCCGCAUUAUUGUACUAAAUGCCUAUGCCUAAAAAGCAAUAUUCCCAAAGGAUGGAAAUGGCAUAAACUUUACAAAGAUCGGAGGAUUUCACAUAAGAAACGCUACAAAAAGAACAAGUUUUGUACAGGAGAAGAGGGCACUGCAACCUGCAAAUGGAAUUCUAAUAUUACAAAAAGCCUGAUCUGUAACGGAGACAGUUGGCAGUGGAAGGAUGGUGAACCUACUAUAUGUUAAGUAAAAGAGCGCUUGAUUUUGACAUGACAUGAGCUACAGCUAUAGAUCGUAAUAGCACUGUAUUAAAAAAUUCAUAUACCUAGACAGUAGCAGCACUACAGUUAGAGAACAUAGUAUACGUAAAUUGAAAAAUAUUUGAACAAGUACACUGAUGUAUGCAGAAUAGAUUUUACAGUUGAAAUUGAAAUUAAAAAUUCAAGAGUGCAAACAAAAUAAUCAGACAGUUGACAUCUCAGUAUUCAAUUGCUCU